CCCCGUCUUUGGUGUCAGUGGGAGGAAUCGUGCCCCAUCAUUGGUGUAAGUGGGAGGAAUAGCGCCCCAUCAUUGGUAUCAGUGGGGAGAAUAGUGCCCCAUCUUUGGUGUCAGUGGGAGGAAUUGUGCCCCAUCAUUGGUGUCAGUGGGAGGAAUAGUGUCCCAACAUUGGUGUCAGUGGGAGGAAUAGUGUCCCAACAUUGGUGUCAGUGGGAGGAAUAGUGUCCCAUCAUUGGUGUCAGUGGGAGGAAUAGUGCUCCAUCAUUGGUGUCAGUGGGAGGAAUAGUGCCCCAUCAUUGGUGUCAGUGGGAGGAAUAGUGCCCCAUCAUUGGUGUCAGUGGGAGGAAUAGUGUCCCAACAUUGGUGUCAGUGGGAGGAAUAUGCCCCAUCAUUGGUGUCAGUGGGGGGGGAGGAAAAGUGCCCCAUCGUUGGUGUCAGUGGGGGGGGAGGAAAAGUGCCCCAUCGUUGGUGUCAGUGGGAGGAAUAAUGCCCCAUCAUUGGUAUCAGUGACACCAAUGAUGGGGCACUAUUCCUCCCACUGACACCAAU